AUGAUGGCGGCGGCGCUGGGGCCCCCAGAAGUGAUCGCUCAGCUGGAGAACGCGGCCAAAGUUUUGAUGGCACCACCUUCCAUGGUCAAUAAUGAGCAGCGCCAGCAUGCAGAGCACAUAUUCUUAUCAUUUAGGAAAUCAAAGUCACCGUUUGCAGUUUGCAAGCAUAUUUUGGAAACUAGUAAAGUGGACUAUGUCCUUUUUCAAGCUGCCACAGCCAUAAUGGAAGCAGUUGUACGAGAGUGGAUUCUCUUGGAAAAAGGUAGCAUCGAGUCACUGCGAACAUUCCUUUUAACCUAUGUCUUACAAAGACCUAACCUCCAAAAGUAUGUUCGGGAACAGAUUCUAUUAGCAGUAGCUGUAAUUGUAAAACGAGGAUCAUUAGAUAAAUCAAUUGACUGCAAAAGCAUUUUUCAUGAAGUCAGCCAGUUGAUAAGUAGUGGCAAUCCCACUGUGCAAACACUGGCCUGUUCUAUUCUAACUGCACUAUUGAGUGAAUUCUCAAGUUCAAGUAAAACUAGCAACAUUGGACUAAGUAUGGAAUUCCACGGUAACUGCAAAAGAAUUUUUCAGGAAGAAGACCUUCGCCAGAUCUUCAUGCUAACGGUGGAAGUUCUGCAGGAGUUCAGCAGGCGGGAAAACCUCAAUGCUCAGAUGUCUUCGGUAUUCCAGCGUUACCUUGCACUUGCUAAUCAAGUCUUGAGCUGGAACUUUCUUCCUCCAAAUUUGGGCCGACAUUAUAUAGCUAUGUUUGAAUCCUCACAAAAUGUGAUGUUAAAGCCAACAGACUCCUGGCGGGAGACUCUACUGGACAGCAGAGUCAUGGAGCUUUUCUUCACAGUACAUCGAAAAAUCAGAGAAGACUCAGAUAUGGCACAAGACUCUCUCCAGUGCCUUGCCCAGUUAGCUUCUCUUCAUGGACCCAUCUUCCCCGACGAAGGAUCACAAGUUGAUUACCUAGCUCACUUCAUUGAGGGAUUACUGAACACGAUCAAUGGAAUUGAAAUAGAAGAUUCUGAAGCUGUGGGAAUUUCCAGCAUUAUCAGCAACCUGAUAACUGUGUUCCCUCGAAACGCUCUAACUGCCAUUCCAAAUGAACUUUUCUCCUCCUUUGUGAACUGCCUCACACACCUCACUUGUUCCUUUGGGCGAAGCGCUGCGUUGGAAGAAGUGCUUGAUAAAGAUGACAUGGUAUACAUGGAAGCAUAUGAUAAAUUGCUGGAGUCCUGGCUAACUUUGGUCCAAGAUGACAAACAUUUCCAUAAAGGCUUUUUUACCCAGCAUGCAGUUCAAGUCUUUAAUUCCUAUAUUCAGUGCCACCUAGCUGCUCCAGAUGGCACAAGGAAUUUGACUGCCAAUGGUGUGGCCUCUCGUGAGGAAGAAGAAAUUAGCGAACUUCAAGAAGAUGAUCGAGACCAGUUUUCUGACCAAUUGGCCAGUGUAGGAAUGCUAGGAAGAAUUGCUGCAGAUCACUGUAUACCUCUUCUUACAAGCUUAUUAGAAGAACGAGUAACACGGCUUCAUGGUCAGUUACAGCGACACCAGCAGCAGUUACUUGCCUCAUCUGGUUCAGGCACGAUCGACAACAAAAUGCUGGAUGAUCUGUAUGAAGAUAUUCACUGGCUUAUUUUAGUUACAGGCUACCUCUUAGCUGAUGAUACUCAGGGAGAGACUCCGCUAAUACCUCCAGAAAUAAUGGAAUAUUCCAUUAAGCGUUCAUCUGAAGUUGACAUUAAUACAACACUUCAAAUUUUGGGAUCUCCAGGAGAAAAGGCUUCUUCCAUCCCAGGGUACAACAGAACAGAUUCUGUGAUUAGGCUGCUAUCUGCCAUUCUCAGAGUUUCAGAAGUUGAAUCUAGAGCAAUAAGAGCAGAUCUAACUCAUCUACUAAGUCCCCAAAUGGGGAAAGAUAUUGUUUGGUUUCUAAAACGCUGGGCAAAGACUUACCUCCUGGUGGAUGAAAAACUGUAUGACCAGAUAAGCCUGCCAUUCAGUACAGCAUUUGGAGCAGAUACUGAGGGUUCUCAGUGGAUUAUUGGCUACCUCUUACAGAAAGUCAUCAGUAACCUGUCUGUGUGGAGCAGUGAGCAAGACCUGGCUAGUGACACUGUGCAGUUACUUGUGACUUUGGUGGAAAGAAGAGAAAGGGCAAACUUAGUAAUUCAGUGUGAAAACUGGUGGAAUUUAGCUAAACAGUUUGCAAGACGAAGCCCACCUCUUAAUUUCUUGUCAAGUCCCGUGCAGAGGACGCUGAUGAAGGCGCUUGUUUUAGGAGGUUUUGCCCAUAUGGACACUGAAACCAAACAACAGUAUUGGACAGAGGUUCUUCAGCCACUUCAGCAGCGAUUCUUAAGAGUGAUCAAUCAAGAAAACUUUCAGCAGAUGUGUCAGCAAGAGGAAGUCAAGCAGGAAAUCACGGCCACGUUGGAGGCACUCUGUGGCAUUGCCGAGGCUACCCAGAUUGACAAUGUAGCAAUCCUUUUUAAUUUCCUGAUGGACUUCCUUACCAACUGCAUUGGACUGAUGGAAGUUUAUAAAAAUACCCCAGAGACUAUCAAUCUUAUCAUAGAAGUUUUUGUUGAAGUUGCACAUAAACAAAUAUGCUAUCUUGGAGAGUCCAAAGCUAUGAACUUGUAUGAAGCCUGCCUUACUUUGUUGCAAGUGUAUUCUAAGAAUAAUUUAGGGCGGCAGAGAAUAGAUGUUACAGCAGAGGAAGAACAAUACCAAGACCUUCUUCUCAUUAUGGAACUUCUUACUAAUCUUCUAUCAAAGGAAUUCAUCGACUUCAGUGAUACAGAUGAAGUUUUUAGAGGACAUGAACCAGGUCAAGCAGCCAACAGAUCAGUAUCAGCAGCUGAUGUUGUUUUAUAUGGAGUCAACCUGAUUCUGCCCUUGAUGUCACAAGACCUUUUGAAGUUCCCAACCCUUUGUAAUCAGUACUACAAAUUAAUCACAUUCAUCUGUGAGAUAUUUCCUGAAAAAAUACCACAGCUUCCGGAAGAUCUGUUUAAAAGUCUGAUGUACUCGCUGGAACUAGGAAUGACAAUGAGUUCGGAAGUUUGCCAGCUUUGCCUAGAGGCCUUGACGCCAUUAGCUGAACAGUGUGCAAAAGCACAAGAAACAGAUUCACCACUUUUUCUAGCAACACGGCACUUUCUUAAGCUGGUUUUUGAUAUGCUGGUUUUGCAAAAGCACAAUACCGAGAUGACAACUGCAGCAGGUGAAGCAUUCUACACACUGGUGUGCUUGCAUCAGGCUGAAUAUUCUGAAUUGGUUGAAACAUUACUGUCGAGUCAACAAGACCCAGUUAUUUACCAGCGAUUAGCUGAUGCCUUCAACAAGCUCACUGCAAGCAGCACUCCUCCCACGCUGGAUCGAAAGCAGAAGAUGGCCUUCCUAAAGAGUUUAGAAGAAUUUAUGGCAAAUGUUGGUGGCCUCCUUUGUGUAAAAUAA